AUGGGCAAAAACAACAACCGUCAUCAUGGCCAGGAAGACCUGUAUUGGGAAGUUGUCAUCUCACAACGGUAUGUUUUUUCGCUGCAGAUCAUUUUCUACGAGGAGAGGAACUUCCAGGGUCGUUCCUACGAGUGCAGCAGUGACUGCACCGACAUCCACAUGCACCUGACCCGCUGCAACUCCUGCAGGGUUGAAAAUGGGUGCUUUAUGGUGUAUGACCGUGCCAACUUCAUGGGUAACCAGGUCUUUCUGAGGAGAGGAGAGUACUCUGAUUUCCAGUGCAUGGGAAGCAUGAUGGGCAUGAUGGGCAUGCCCAUGAUGGAAACCGUUCACUCCUGCCGUAUGAUCCCCAUGAACAGAGGACAGUUCAGGAUGAAGAUCUACGAGAGGGACAACUACGGAGGCAAGACGCAAGAGCUGAUGGAUGACUGCGAGUCUCUCCAGGAUCGCUACCUCAUGUCUGACUGCCAGUCCUGCAACGUGAUGGACGGCCACUGGCUGAUGUUCGAGCAGCCCAACUACAAAGGCCGCAUGAUGUACGUGAGGCCAGGAGAGUACAGAAACCUCAGAGAUAUGGGAAUGCCCAACAUGACAAGAAUCAGCUCCAUUAGACGCAUCAUGGAUAUGUUGUUCAUGGUUUUGAUGUAUAAUACAGUAGGGACGGACCGAAACUUCCAGGGCCGCUCGUAUGAGUGCAUCAGCGACUGCUCUGAGAUCGCCUCCCACCUGAGCCGAUGCAACUCCUGCAGGGUGGAGAGCGGGAAGUUUAUGGUUUAUGACCAACCCAACUACACGGGCCAGCAGUACCUCCUGACGAGAGGAGAGUAUCCUGAGUAUCAGAACACCAUUGGCUUCAAUGACUGCAUUAAGUCCUGCCGCAUUAUCCCUGUGCACCAGGGGCCCUUUAAGAUGAGGAUCUAUGAGAGGGCGAACUUCGAAGGCCAGAUGCAUGAAUUGACCGACGACUGUGACUCCAUCCAGGACAACUACCACAUGCCUGACAUGCAGUCCUGCAAUGUGAUAGAGGGCUACUGGUUGAUGUUUGAGCUGCCAAACUUUGAGGGCAGGAUGUUUUAUCUGAGGCCAGGAGAGUACAGGAAUCUCCAGGAGUUUAGCAGGGACGACGAUAUGAAGUUCAAUUCCACCAGGCGCAUCACAGAAUCUUAA